CCCAGAAGUCUAUGAUGUUUUUCAACAGAAUAUAAACUCUUUAGCAGAAGCUAGAUUCAGUUCACCUCCGUCUCUGACUCCUAAUCCACAACGGCAAAACUAAGAUUCUCUCUUGACAUGAUGAUCAGUUUUUCGCAACCUGUUUGCAGAGUACCGAGUUCACUAAUCCCUGUUUCCUAUGUGGGUUCUUCUUAUUUCUUGCAAAAUCGCCCAAAAGACCCAUGUAGAGUGGGCAAAGAUUUCUACUUCACAGAAAAAACAAGACUUGGUGGUUGCAAGAGGAAAAGGAGGGUAGUUUGUGGUGUUGGUUUGAUGUUUCCAGUUGAUCCAUGGGCACCUAACAUUGACUCACAGAGCAUUGCCUCACAGCUGUUUGCAUUCUCUUUGUUUCCUUACAUUGGUUUCUUGUACUUCAUUACCAAAUCCAAGACUGCUCCUAAGCUCACUCUCUUUGGUUUCUACUUCUUGCUUGCCUUUGUUGGGGCUACCAGUUGCUCCACAUCUGCUGAGCAGUCCCAGCAGGAAUUUAUGGCAGCAAAGGUGCACUAUGGGACUUCCUUGUCUAAUGUGGAUUGGUUGCAUGGAGGAGCUGAGUCACUUCUCACCCUAACCAACUUAUUCAUUGUCUUGGGGCUAAGACAAGCUAUUAGGAAUGAAAAUGCCCCCGAAAAAAGUUCAUCAGAUCCUGUUUCAGAAAUCGAAGAGGAAAACAAACCUUCUGUCUAGAUGGAUGUUCGAAUGGUCCAUACUUAUGCAGUCCUUGUUACUUAUGCUCUGCUUCUGGUCAGCCACAAGUACCUGUGCAUUAAGGCUUCAUUCCAGCCGAGUGCUGGAGAUACUGGAUCAUUGUCAAAACUGUUACAAGGAGUCAUAAGUACUCAGCAUAGCGUUUUGUACAUCGUGUAUUUUUCUUGUAAGGAACCGUCUUGAUCUGCGGUCCAUUUUCUUACAAGAAUGGUUUGUACAUUUUCCUGUGCUGUCUCUGCGUGUUCGUUAAAUUUAUUCUUGUUUGCGAUGCUUC